AUGAAAACCACAACUGUUAAUGUGCUUACUUCAUUGCCUGAUUGCAUUUUUUUUUCUUAUUAUUACUUUUCAUCAUUCGUAUAUUUUUUCUUCUUUAUCAGUUUGUUUUCUUUUGCCGCCUUUCUCUUCUGUUGUCUUGCGCUGCUAUUUUCAUUCAUCACAUUCUUUGUUUAUUCUAUCAUUUUUCUUCUUCUUGAAUCCUUUUUCUUCACCUAUUUCUCCUUCAUAAUGUAUUACAUAGCUCUUUUUAUAUUUCUUCUUCAUGUUCUUUUUCUUCUCAUUCUUCUUCUUCUUCUUCUUCUUCUUGCGCCUCUACCCCUCAUUUCUUUCUUUCUCUUCUUCCAUUUCUUUCUUUUCUUUUGUCUUUUUCUUUUCCUUUCUUUCUUUCUUUCUUUCUUUCUUUUUGUCUUUCUUUCUGUUUUUCUUUCUUUUAUUUUUUUUAUAUUAUUAUUUUAUCUUCACUGUAUAUAUAUUGUCUUUCUUUCUUUCUUUCUUUCUUUACAGUCCCCUCAUUUCUUUCUUUCUCUUCUUCCAUUUCUUGCUUUUCUUUUAUCUUUUUCUUUUCCUUUCUUUCUUUAUUUCUUUUUUGUCUUUCUUUCUUUCUUUCUUUCUUUCUUUCUUUCUUUCUUUCUUUCUUUCUUUCUUUCUUUCUUUCUUUCUUUACAGUCCUCUCAUUUCUUUCUUUCACUUCUUCCAUUUCUUUCUUUUCUUUUAUCUUUUUCUUUUCCUUUCUUUCUUUCUUUUUUGUCUUUCUUUCUUUCUGUUUUUCUUUCUUUCUUUCUUUCUUUCUUUCUUUCUUUACAAUUUCCACAAUUAUUUUAUCUUCACUGUGUAUAUAUUUUCUUUCUUUCUUUCUUUCUUUCUUUCUUUCUUUCUUUCUUUCUUUCUUUACAGUCCCCUCAUUUCUUUCUUUCUCUUCUUCCAUUUCUUUCUUUUCUUUUUUAUCUUUUCUUUUCCUUUCUUUUCUUUUUUUUUUUGUCUUUUCUUUCUUUCUGUUUUUUUUUUUCUUUUUCUUUCUUUCUUUCUUUCUUUUACAAUUUAAAAACAAUUAUUUUAUCUUCACUGUGUAUAUAUUUUUUUUUCUUUCUUUCUUUCUUUCUUUCUUUUUCUUUUUUCUUUCUUUUUCUUUUUUUUUACAGUCCCUCAUUUCUUUCUUUUCUCUUCUUCCAUUUCUUUCUUUUCUUUUAUCUUUUUCUUUUCCUUUCUUUCUUUCUUUUUUGUCUUUCUUUCUUUCUGUUUUUCUUUCUUUCUGUUUUUCUUUCUUUCUUUCUUUCUUUCUUUCUUUACAAUUUCCACAAUUAUUUUAUCUUCACUGUAUAUAUAUUGUCUUUCUUUCUUUCUUUCUUUCUUUCUUUCUUUCUUUCUUUCUUUCUUUACACUCCCCUCACUUGUUUUUCAUUCAUCAAAUAUUCUAUUCUUUCUUUUAUUUUACUUCUUUUUUCUUCUUCUGUUUUUUCAUUCAUCAUAUAUUCCAUAUUUCCUAUUUUCUUCAUUUCCUUCACUACAUUCUCUUAUUCUUCUUCUGUUGUUCAUUCAUCAUAUAUUAUGUUCGACAUUCUUUCUUCUUUUCUUUCACUACCUACUUCUCUUCUUCUUUUGAUUUUUUUCAUUCAUCAUAUACUUCAUUCUUUCUUUUUUCUUCUUUUUUCUUUGCCUUCUCUUAAUUUUCUUCUCUUUUUUUUCAUUCAUCAUCUGUUCUAUUCUUUCAUUUUUCUUCUUUUCUUUCACUAUCUUCUUCUCAUGUUUUUUUCUAUUCAUCCUAUAUUCCAUUUUUUGUUUUUCCUAUUCUUUUGUUUUAUUUCCUGUCUUCAUCUUCUGUCUUUUCAUUCAUCAAAUAUUUCAUUUUUUCCUUUUGUUUCUUCUCUUCUUUCACGACCUUCUUCUUUUCUUCAUCUUCUCUUUCAUCAUCUAUUUCGCUAUUUUCUUGUGUUUCUCAACUUGUUUUCCUUCUUUCUUCUCCUAAUCUUCUUCUUUGACAUCUUUUAUUCCUUCCCCCCCCAUUUCCUUCUAUGUUGUUUUUCAUGUUCAUUUCUCUUUCAUUUUCUUAUUCAUUUUUUCUUUCUUUCAUAA